AUGCCCGAGCUACAACCUUUGAUUACCAUAAACAACGAUGGUAGCCGCGUCACCUUGGAUGAAAAAUUCCUAGACGAUUUGGUUCAACAAGCCGUUGGAAAAGCUAUCGGCGUGCUGGCCGUAUGCGGGAAAUUCCGUACCGGAAAGUCUUUUCUCCUUAAUGUAAUCAUGAAGGCGCUACAAGACGGUCAAGCUGCGUAUAAGCCGGAAGAACGGAUCGGCGGAAUUCCGUUCAAAUCCCAGGAUCGGGCGCACACCAAGGGGAUCAAUGCUUGGUCGAAGCUUUUUCCGUGGAAAACUGGGGACGGCAAAGAGAUGAUGGUGUUGAUCAUGGAUGUGCAAGGAACAUUUGAUACAGAGAGUGAGAAAGCCGUUUCGGCGAUCCUUUGUACGAUUUCUUUGAUGGUUUCUUCGUGCUUUAUCCUGAAUACUAUGAAACAAAUGGAUGCCCUGGAUUGGGAGACCCUAAAUGAGUUCCAAGCCUAUACGGACAGCGAGGGAGAACGAAUUGGACAGAAGUUUGCUUUACUUAUUCGUGAUUCCGUUCGUCAUGUUGGGCUGAACCGGGAUUACUUUGAGCGUAAGAAAGAAGAGGCAAAGGACGCCAGGCAGCUGUCCACCCAAAUCAACGGACUGCUCAAGGCCUUCGAACAAACGGUCUGCUGGCAAGUCCCUAACCCGGGAAGAACCGUCGAGUUGUCCAGUGAUUGGAUCAACGCUAAAAAUUGCGAGCCUGAUUUCCUCAAGAGUCUCUGUGAAUUCGUCGAUGCCCAGUUGAGCGGACUAGCGCCAAAAUCGAUUAAAAGAGGCAAAACCAGCGCAGAGCUGACUGGCGAUACACUUGGGGAAUAUUUUAAAGAAGUCGUCAAGCACGCCAGAGAAUUUUCCAAGGGUGGAAUAAGAAGCUCCCUUGAGGCAAUGAAAGAUGUCUUCUUCAACGCGGCCCAUAAAACUGGGAUGGAAAAGCUCAAGGAGGGCCUGGCUGACUUUCCUGAUGCGGUGGAACCUGGAACCUUUGAGCUAGCGAUCAAUGUCUAUCAAAAAGCAGCCCUCGAAGCAUAUACAACAUCAAAAGUCCUCGGCACAGCGGACGAAAAGAGCAAAGCUUUGCAGGCCUUUGGAAAAGAGUUAUCGGAAGAGCGACGUGAGUGGGAAGAGGCGAAUCGCCAAAAAGAAGAAGUAUUUGCCCUCGAUGGAAAAUGCGACACCUCGCGCGGUCUGGAUCUGGCAGGAAGCGGCUCUCUGCUUAGGUUGAGCAAGCCGGGUGCUACCCUAGAUGUCGCAAAAGUUGGCGGGAACUAUGGCGUGACCGAGAGCGGUGUAGGAGUGGGCGUUGAGGCGAAGGCACUUUGGACGGAGAGAAAGGGAGAAACGGUGGACGUUGGCGUGGGAUUCAAUGCAGACACUGGAUUCCGUGCCGGGAAGAGCGGCGUCGGCGGAUCGUUCCUCGGUUUCGGAGCGGAUGUCGGAGACGAAGGGGUGUCGAUAAAGACACCAUUUUUCAGUCUUCGGUUUAAA